AUGCCUCCCCGACGGUGGAUAGACAAGAAAAAUGCGACGACGUACCAGUUAUUUCACAGGUCUCAGCAAGAUCCGCUGAUCCACGACCCAACUGCAGACGAUAGGGUUCUGCACCCAGUUUACGGGCCGAAACAAGGGGCGCCAGCGCUGUCAACAACUGCCUCGUCGGCGUCGCAUAAGACUUCCAGAAACCUAAAAGAAUUAGAGGACGAAUUCAGCACUGACAAUAUUCGCAAAAACGAGGGCGAGGCCGCGAAUUACGGUGUUUACUACGAUGACUCCAAGUAUGACUAUAUGCAACAUUUGCGGGAGUUGGGUACUGCUGGUGGGAAUUCAUAUUUCGUCGAGGCAGCACCAGAUAAAUCAAAGGGCAAGGGCAAAACAAUGAAACUGGAAGAUGCUCUACGGGAUUUUUCUAUCGAUGAUUCACAAAGCGCAAUCGGCGGGGGCACAAGCGUUUACGGCUCUCAAUAUGCGCCCUCCACGGCAUCAUCCUACAUCCGGAAACCGACAUAUCAAGAUCAACAGAGUGUGCCAGAUGCGAUUGCUGGGUUUCAGCCAAACAUGGAUCCUCGUCUCCGUGAGGCUUUGGAAGCUCUUGAGGACGAAGCUUAUGUGGAUGAUGAAGAUGAUCAAGAUAUAUUCGGUGAACUCACGCGCAAUGCGGAAGAGGUAGACCCCGGAGACUUCGAAGAUACACUAUAUGAGGAUGAAGAUGAUGGUUGGGAGUCGGAUGCCACAGAGAAAGCAUAUCCUCAAACAUCAAAGACCAAAAAUAUCGUUGAUAAUGAAGCAACUGCCACGCAAGAACAUGAUCCAUCCGAGAUGCCAGACCACGAUAAGCCGGUCCCGGAUCUUGCGCCAGAAAAUUCGGACUGGAUGCGGGAAUUUGCGAAAUUCAAGAAAGAGGGCAAACCAUCAAACAACACACCCGCUGCGAAUCCCGAUGCAGGAACUGAAAAGCACACAGUUGCAUCCACAAUGUUCACCGUUGGAGGCACUCCGAUCCGCAAGAAGAAGCGCAAAGGUGCAAUGACAAAUCCCUCCGCAUAUUCCAUGACUUCAUCUGCACUCGCCAGAACAGAAGGCCUGCGACUUUUAGAUGACCGAUUCGAGAAAGUCGAAGCCCUCUAUGCUCUUGAUGAAGAGGGUGAAUACGACGACGCUAGCUUUGCGGAUGGCGCUUCAAUGAUUAGUGGUAUGACUGGCGCAACUGGCAUGACUGGGAUAUCCACCGCUUCCUCUAUGGUCUCUAGGGGCGAUUAUGGCGAUGUCCCUCUACGAAGUGACUUCGAUAAUGUUAUGGAUGAUUUCUUGUCUGGAUGGCAGGAUCGGAGUAAGCAAGCGAAGCGCAAGGGUGCUAAGGGCAAGAGAGGCAAAAACGGUAAUGAGGCUUUGGGUAUUGCAAUGUUGGACGAGGUUAGGUCAGGUUUGGGGCCGGCUCGACUACCUGCUCAUGGAAAAGCAUAG